GUGUGUUGUUGCAUAGCAGACAUGCCUCACACUGCACGAUAUUACUCAUUUCCUCAGCCCUGUGUACACACACAUACACACACACACACAAACACACACGCACGCACAAACUCUCACACUUUAUCGCAGUCAGCCUCGCAGCCUUUCGACAUGUUGUGACUCUACAGUUUGUCUGCUGUAUUUGCACACACUGUGUCUGUAAGUUUGUGUGCGUUCACGUGUGCGUGUUGUUGAAGAGAUGCAGGAAUGAGUGGCAUUACACGGAUGACAUCUGCACAUCGCACCACAGCAAGGUGGGUAGGAGUUCUGAACGUGCCUGUGUGUGAUACGUGGUAUGCGUGAUGCUGAUCAGCAGAAGAACGUGCGUCUCUCCUGGCCCCUCGUUCUCCCCAGCUGCCCAUGUAACCUAGAGUGGCCCAGCAGGCCAGGGGGAAUUCCCCAUGAAUCCAAGCCCAGACCGCAGCAAAGAGUCUCUUCCCCCCAAGAAGCGCGAGUCCCGACAGGGCUCGUCGGAUCAGCCGGCCCCAGAGGAUGACUUCAAACCCCCCGCCCCUUUCCGAAGCAGAAGGCAUCAUCACUCCACUGAUGUUCACAGAGAAAGUGGUGACUUUCAACCACCUCCUCUGCCCACACUGCCACCCCUUCCUCUGUCGUUGCCUUGGCAGGUGUCCUAUGGCCCCUCCGUGCAGCACUCGUACAUGCCGGUCCAGAUGGGUGAGAGACGAGGGUCAGUCUCUGCAUCCUGGAGAGACACGAUGUGUGAACGUGGAAUGGAUGGAGGACAGGAUCAUCCUGUUUCCCACCAUUCCCGCUGGCUCCGUGCUGACAUCCCACCCCUAAAUCUGCAGCCAUUUAUCUCUAUGCCCACAUUUAAGAGUGUCUACACUGGUGAGUCCAGAGAAAUGUGGUCCUAUAGCCACAGUCGACGAGACUAUAACUCGUCCUUUUUCUCCUCUAAUCUUUAUCCUCAGCCAACAGUCUAUCACCAUGACACCCUCCCUGAAAGCAGACUCAGGUACCAAGGCAGACGGCCCAAUGGUGUAGAUGGCCCAGACAGUAGGUCUGGGUCUAGUAGAAGAACACCUUCUUGCAAUGACUAUAGAAACGACAGCAUAACCAGGUUGGAUGGUUCAUAUGCCAAUGGCAGAAGAACACUGGAGGACAAAGUAGGACAGAACACUGGGAAAGGCCUUCUGCCAGAAGAGAGCACAAGUGCACAUUCCUUACCGCGGGACAGGGACCCUCGGGGAACACCCAAAGCUCCAAUGACCCCCUCAUCAGAUGCAAAGUCAGGAAAGGCAAUCACUUCUCAGGACCACCUUUACAGUGGAAGUGCCUCCCAAGCUGGAGCUCAAAUCUACUAUGCCCUAGGAUCCCUCUGCCCUUCUGCCCAUCAGAACCCUCAGGCGUACCCACAACUUAACCCUUUGAAUCAUCCUUCCUCCCCACAGAGAAACUCCCAGCACUCCCCACCCAGAAAGCACAACAGCCACGGGUCUGAGACAAACUGGGAUACCUCUGCGGCGUUUUGCCGCCCUGCCGUCGCUGGCCCCGACCCUCCCCCUUCUGCAGUCCUACCUCAUUUUGCCAAAGGUUCCCUGAUUGAACUGGCCGGUGGCCGUCUUAAAAAGGUGGAGGAGUUAAAGACUGAGGAUUUCUUUCGCAGUGCCGACACCUUGCCUGAGUUUCACCUGAGCACCUGCACUAUUCUGUUCAUCUCACCUGGACCCACCCACGGUUUCAACCACCUGCAGGUCUUGCUUACAGACCGCAAUACUCAGCAGGAGUUACUCACAGUCUUAGCCGAAUAUCCAUUUUUCGUCCGGGAUCAUGGCUGGUCUUCGUGCAGUCCUCAGCGAAGCGCACAGCUGUAUGGCUUGCAGUGCCGUCAGUUGGGUACAGGUGAUGUGGUUCUGGCGCUGACUCCUACACCAACCCUCGCUCACUCCAGCAGCCAGGCGCAAUGCCCGCUUGUCCGCUCGCCAGCAGCAGCAGCAGGGGUGCAUACUUGCACAGAUACAGCAGAAAGGUCACGCCCUCCUCCAGCACCUCCUCCUCCCCCUGUGGCCCAGACUUCUCCUGGUCCACCAAGGGGGCGUACACGCAAGAGACGCUGGUCUGCCCCCGAGCUCCAGUCUGGAGGCAAGACUAUCUCCCAUUUACCUCAAGGUUGUAAGCGGGAAAGAAGGCAGUGAGGCUCUCGCUUACCUUCGGUCGUUGUAAAAAGACCAAGAGUGGUAAGGCCAAACGGGAAGGUUCGCAACUGACUGGUAACCUCAUGGAAUCACCAGUUUAUUGCCGUUCCUUCUCUGUUGCUACUGUUUAACGUGAGUUAAAUGACAUGCUAGGAAAGCCCAAAAUGCACAAUGAGACAAUCAGAAAUCACUUACCUGUGAUGCCACGCACCUUUCAGUUAUGCUAAUCUCAAGCCUUUUUUCUUGCAGGGUAUGUCUUUUCAAUGAGUAUUAUAACAAGAAAUGAUAUCAGAUGUGUACAAAGACAAAUCAUAGGAAUAUAUCUUAAAAACAAGUGUUCUGUGAAUAUGCUACAUAAGGAUAGAAGUCUACUGUUAUUUUCGUAUUGCAUUCUUGUUUCAUGCUUAGGAACUGCAGGCAAGGUGAAUGUAUUAGCAGCCAAGCUUUCAGUUUGGGGUCAGUAUGCUAGUUCACUUUAGCAUUACACUCCAGUCUGUUCUUACCGAGGGAAAAGACACUAAAGACAUAAUGACCCUGCACACGCCGCCAUGGGGUUGGUCUUUAAAAUAGUGAUGGUGCUAGCCACACAUCAGAAAGCUCCUCUGGUGAUUUGUGCUUUUCCCUUUGAUGUUUCUGUGUGACUGAGAGCAGGGAAUAAAUAUGAAAGUCUAGUGUUGUUUUGAACUCAGAUACGGGUAAAUAUAUCUAUCUACUCUUGAUCAAGCACACUCUAUCACUUUAUUUUUCUCUGGUUUAUUUUUGUUGUUGUGGUUUUUCAAAUAACAUUUGCUGGGUUUUUUUCUUUGUAAAUGUUAUA